CCUUGGGUGCACCGGUGGUCAUUGAUUUGUGAAAGCGAGUUGGUUGGGUGAGCUCCCUGACCCUGGCUAGUUGCACACCCUCAAUUCAAUAAUCACGAACAGAGUGUCACAGGAAUGUUGCAGACGAACAGAGUGUUAUAAAAUUUCGCGUUGAUAGCUCAAGAGGUAAUUACGAGUAUGUCGACUGCUGGCGGGCAGCUAGCUGCGAAGAAGCCCUUUCUCAUCGGUGUGACGGGAGGCACAGCUUCGGGCAAGACUGAAGUAUGUAGACGCAUUGUUCAGCUACUGGGGCAAGAUGAGGUCGAUGCUCCGCAGAGACAAGUAGAGAUUCUACGACAGGAAAGCUUUUACAAGGAGCUGUCGGAAGAGGAACAACAGAUGGCUGAUGAAGGCUGCUACAACUUUGACCACCCAGAUGCAUUUGAUUUUGAUCGUUUGGAGCACACUCUGAGUGAGUUGGUGGCUGGUAGAACAGUACAGGUCCCCGUCUACGAUUAUGGAUCAAGAACCAUGCUGGAGAAGCGCACACUUCGUCCAACAGAAGUAGUCCUAGUGGUGGGAAUACUCGUUCUCUACUCGCCGCCUGUCAGAAGUAUGCUGCAUAUGAAGCUGUUUGUGGAUGUCGAUAGCGAUAACAGAUUAGCCAGAAGAGUGAUGCGUGACACAGCUGAGCGUAAUCGUGACCUAGAAGCCACCCUCCAUCAGUAUACGGAGUACGUCAAGCCAGCGUUUGACGAUUUCACAUCUCCUACCAAGAAAUAUGCUGAUGUGAUUCUGCCACGUGGUGUGGACAAUGGAGUUGCUAUCAAUCUCAUCGGUCAGCACAUUCGUGACAUUCUAUCUGGUGGUGUGAUCUACACCCAGCGGCCACCGCGACAACGCACAACGUCUUGUUCUGAUGGUCCUGCCUCUACUGGUAGUGGCGGUGCUGGUGCUGCUGCUGCUGGUACUGGCAAGACUUCAGAACCGUCUUUGUCAAGACCACAUUGAAUCUAAGCUCGUCGUCACGGCUACAUGAGAUGCGCUGACCAUUGCUUGCAGGCAUCGGAAUCAGCCUGAUAGUGAUGCUACUGGGACGGUUUCUGCUGCUGCUGCUGCUGCUGCUGCUGCUGCUACUGCUGCUGCUGGUACUGUGCUAAAGGUAGUGGCAUCAAGCCUCUUGUCUGUUUUUCUGCCCGUCGCUCUCCCGUCCGUCUGUGUACAGAGACUUGCAUGUGCGUGCACGUGUGUGUGGCGCUUUUUAUUCCUCGUCACACGUAGCAAUCUGGCUAGUGUCCAUGUCUUGUCACGUUCUGUGUAGCAAUGUAUGCUGGUGGUGCUCUAUGCUGCUGCUCUAUGCUGCUGCUCUAUGCUGGCUGGCUUCCGUCUUGUAUGACCUCAUCCCGGUGAAAGUGCCCUGUCAUUCUCAUGUAUUCGCCGAUAGCCAUGAGAGUAUUACAUCAUUCUCACCUUAGCAUGACGUCGUGGCCAUGAGAGCAUUACAUCAUACUCACCUUAGCAUGACGUCAUGGCCAUGUGAAACUGGACGUUGAGUAUGCCGUUAUCGGUACAGCAAGCACCAAGCCGACAUCACACAAGCAUGAUGUCAUACGCUGAAGACUGGUGACGUCACUGUCCCUGAUCAAUGCAUUGAAUGGGAUUACAGGGAAUGUAUUUUGUAGCUCUGUUGGUUUACAAGCAAAGCACAAUCUACAAGACCGUAUUUUUAUCAACUCAUUUUUACCCUAACAGCAGAGCGAUUUCCUUUUUUUUCUUCUACCUUGCGUAUAAACUUCGUUUUUAGGUUUUUAGUAGAGUUGUUCCUGCUGGCUAGUAGUGUGUAUCGCUCAACUUGCCUGACUGCUAGUCUGUGCAAGCUGCUGGAUACUUGAUUUGUGUGUUUUAUUGUUUUUAUACUCAGUUUAUAGAUAUUGACUGUAAGUCUUGUUAGGAGGUGUGUUUACUGGUUAUUCUCCCAUUGUUCUAGUGGGGUUUCGUCCCAAGCAGCGGUGGCCUUUGUGGA